AUGGAAUUAGGGAGCGUCUCUGUUGUGAUUUCAGCACUGUGCAUGGUUAGUUUUGUUGCAGGAAGCUUGGAGCCUGCAAAUUUAUUUAUUAUCCAUAUGGAUAAUACUGAGAUGCCAGAAGUAUUCCGAUCUCCCGCAGAUUGGUACAAGUCCAUAAUUUCAACUGUAAAAGGCGAUGAAGAUGAUAUGCCCAUCUACAUCUAUGACAGUGUGAUGCAUGGCUUCAGUGCCAUGCUCACACAGAGUCAAUUAGAUGUGCUAGAGGAGAUGCCAGGCCACCUAGCAUCUUUCCCUAGUAAAGAGGGAAUAAUGCUCACUACGCGUUCGCCUGAGUUUCUGGGACUCAGACCUGACAAGGGCCUGUUGCCCGAGGCGCUGUUCGGGCAAGAUGUAAUCGUGGGCAUAUUAGACAGUGGGAUUUGGCCAGAGACCGCAAGCUUUUAUGACACAAAUGUGGGACCAGUCCCCAGAAGAUGGAGGGGAGGCUGCGAAAACACAGCAGACUUUCCGAGUUCUCUCUGCAACCGCAAGCUGAUAGGAGCCCGCUCCUAUAAACAAGCGGUGGUGGCCAAAUAUGGAAGUAUCGACAUGGAGAAUGAUUACGCCUCACCCAGAGACUUUCAUGGGCAUGGAACCCAUGUUUCAUCGACGGCGGCAGGUAACUAUGUAAAAGAUGUAAAUUUCUACGGCUAUGCUUCGGGUACUGCUCAUGGCGUAGCUCCCGCGGCCCGAGUCGCCAUGUACAAGGUUGCAUGGUCAAAUCGUCCUCUUCAGGGAGCUGAUGUGCUGGCUGCAAUGGAAGCCGCAGUUAAAGAUGGAGUCGACGUUCUGUCUCUCUCAAUUUCCUUGGCCCACUCGGCUUGGAAUCCCUUUUUCCGUGACGCAAUCGCCCAGGGAGCCUUCCAGGCUGUAAAGGCAGGCGUUCUGGUCGUCUGCGCCGCUGGCAACGCAGGCCCGGCACGGGGAAUUCUAGACAACGGGGCGCCGUGGAUCUUCAGCAUCGCUGCGAGCACCAUUGACAGAGAUUACGAGGCUGUUGUCAAGCUGGGCGACAGCAGCAUCAUAAAAGCGGCAUGCUUCUACACAAAUGAGGAGACCUCUCACUAUUAUAUUUCUGAGAGCGCUCUGGUUUAUGAAAAGGGAGAACCAUCAUGCCACAGGAGCUUCCACGUGAAGCUCAAGGGAGCGGUGCUGUUGUGCACCAGUGUCAGCGAUUCCCUGAUAGAGGAUUUGAAGCUACUCGGAGUCCGGGCCUUGUUAUUGGUGUUGGGGACGGACAGUUUUUCGGUCUACCCUAACCACACUUUCCUCUGGUGUUGCUUAAACCCGAAGAUGGAGCGGCGCUAG